AUGAGAUACAAGAGAGCAGUCCCUGCAGACAUGGACGCUCGUGUACACAAGUACUGGCCCCAACGGUACGACUUGUUCUCCCGAUUCGAUGAGGGAGUGUGGAUGAAUACCGAACUAUGGUUCUCAGUCACCCCAGAGUCGAUGGCGAUCUUCUUGUCCAAGUUUAUUAAAUGCUGUCUUCCAGACGCAAAAAAUGCUCUUGAUUUGUUUAGCGGGGGCGGUGGGAACACUAUACAGUUUGCCAAACUAUUUGACAAAUGCGUGGGUAUCGAUAUCAACGAGGAAAACAUUGAAUGUGCAGCCCACAACGCCGAGGUGUAUGAUGUAGCAAAUAAAUGUGAAUUUAUAAACUUAGACUGGAAAGUUUUUUCGAAAGAUAAAAAAGCAUUACAAGAGUUCAAAGAACAGCAUAAAAUAGAUUUUGCAUUUGCGUCUCCCCCUUGGGGUGGGCCGGGAUAUAAAAACUUAGAAUCGUUUGAUUUAAGCCAAUUACAGCCAUUGCCAUUGAAAAAGCUAUUAAAAUCAAUGUUCAAGAUCACCGAGAAUGUGAUUCUUUUCCUUCCCAGAAAUUCGGAUCUCGAGCAGUUGUCGCAGGUCACUAAAAAAUUACUUGGGAAACAGGCAAUGGCAAGAGUAAUCCAUCUCAAAUUAGACGGCAGGCCAAAGGGUAUAUGUUGCUUUUGGGGUGAUGCUUUCAUGACAGAUCAUAUGAGAGACUUGGCGAAUGUUGAUUUGCAAAGUGAUGCUGGUCCUGAGCAGGAAGAUGGUAAUGAGGAUGUUGAUGAAGAAAACAAGGAUAUUGAUUAUGAUGGGUUGGAUUAUUAA